UGAGAAGCGACGAGCCAAAGGAAGGCAGCGCGAUCACGUUCACGAUCAAGCGCCCCAGCCGGCUGCGCUGCCCUGCCCCCUGCGGACACGCCCGAGACAUUUUACUGGUUAUUUGUCGCUACCGACUUUUCGCAAAGCAUAACGUACGAUUCUGCCGCGUUAGGUGCCGUUCGACAACCCGGAGCGCAACACAAACAGGUGUGCGCAAUGCUGAGAGAGAGACGACUGGCGGGCGUGGUUGAUGUUCGCCCACACUGCUGGGAACUCUAGACAAUCCGUCCGUCGUCGAGUCUAGCCUAGAGCUGCUACAGCUAUGCAAGAUAUGGCAACAAUGCAGCAACACACUGCAACGUCACCUGCUCCGGCCACUACAGUGGGUGUUACUCAAGAUGCCAGUUCGGAUCCGGUCUCUGCCGACGACAAAUGCAGCCCCGCCGUGCAGCAAGAGACGUCUCGCACGGACGUGGAAAUGUCCGGCGAGCGCCCUGUGGCAGCGGAGACCGCCAAGCCUGUAGAAGAUGAGGACGUCUUGCCAAAGGAGGAUUCCGUCGCCAAGAGCAACGACGGCGACGGCGACGAGUGCACGGGAGCCGGCGCGGGUGCAUUCGGCUGCCCCGCGUGCUCUGCGACGCUGCCGUCGCAGCACGCGCUGACUCUGCACCUGCGCUCGGAGCAGCACCGCGGCGGCGCGGGCGCGCCCUUCCCCUGCGGCGUCUGCGGGAAGGCCCUCAGCUCGGCGUCUUCGCGCGACCGCCACGCGCUCGUGCACUCCCGCGAGCGGCCCUUCCAGUGCCGCGUGUGCGGCGUCGCCUUCACCACCAACGGCAACAUGCACCGCCAUCUCCGCACGCACGAUGCGGCUCCGGAAGCCUCGCCCGCUUCGAAGCGCCGCCGCGAGUCCUGCGGCAGCAGCAGCAGCAGCAGUAGCGGCGGCAGUAGCCGCGCGGGGAGUACCAGAGGCUCGUCGCCCCCUUCUCCGACUGUGUGCAACAAACGCAAGGUAGGUUUCAGCUCGGUAGGAAGCUGA